CCAGUAUAUCCCUUAAUAAUAAAAUAAAAAAUUUCAUACAAAUUUUACAAUAACGGUUAUAUAACUAUAUAGUUAUAAUAAUAAUAAUAUAUCCAUCUAACAAGAAGUGAAAAUUAGUAUCAAAUACAAAAAAUAACAAUAAUGAAUCAGGCAAAUGUUGAAAAACUAGUUUCUAGGUUAAGGUACAAUGUUGGAUCAAAACCACGUAAAUUAAAAAAUCAAAAUGGUCCAGAAGGUAGAUUGCAUAAAAUAAGGAAGACAUUAACCGCCGUAAUUAAGUAUGAAAGAAUUGAGUUGAAUUAUGCGAGAGCAGAUGAGACAAGGGGUUACGUGGAACGAUUAAUAUCGGAAGCAUUACGUUAUGGUCCUGAUAAUAAAGAAACAAUGGAACUAGCAAAUUUUUGGAUAUUAGAGAAACAACUUAUUCAUAAACUUUUUAAAGUGCUUGUACCAAGAUAUCAAAAUUAUACAACUUCAUUUACAAAACUUCAUAAUGCACCAUAUAUAUAUCCUGGAUAUGGAUAUGAAAGAGCUGUUUUAGAAUUAAAGGGAAAUGUGUAUCCUGUCAUAGAACAAAUCAAUCCAUAUAAGCAUGAGCUACUUCACAAUAUAUUACUUGAUGCAGCCAAAAAAAGCUAUAGAAUGGAAAAAUAUAAAGAAAUCGCUGCUAACAUGAAUCCUUAAAGAGUUUGUAAUUAUUUUAUUAUCUAAUGGUAUAAAAAAUACAUAAUACAUACAG